UCCUCUCAAAAUAACACAACACACAGCCAUUAAUGUCUAAACCGCUGGCAACAAAAGCUACUGACUGCACCGGAGUCCAACCAAAAUGACUUUCACGACAAUAUACAACUAUACAGGAGGUGGACAACAUAACAGCAAUACCUAACAGUAUAUUAAUACCAAGUAGAGCCAACCUUUGCCUUCAGAACUACUCCAGCCUCAGGUUCUUUGAGGGAUGAAGAAGGCAGAAAUCUACUUUGCACUCUAGGCUCUAGAACGCCCUAUAAAGGUCCAAUGAUGUUCAGAUCUGGUGAUUCAGGAGGCCAUGGAAUGCGUUGGACAUAAUCCUGAUGUUCAUAAAUGAGAGUAAUGGCAUUUGCCAAAGGGGUAAUCUUCAAAUUAUGAUUGAUUAGCUGGUGGAGUGCCUGGGUACACAGAAUAUGGGGGUAAUGUCAAGUUGAAAUGAAAUCUUGGAUACAUGUUUUCACAUGUAUGUCCCACCUGCCGAAUGGUUAUGUAGGUACGCUGUACACUCUUACCUGGGAGGGCCACUUCAAAACAGCGUCCUAAAGAUACAGCCUGAGGCGUUCAAAGCCAGGCAGUAUCUUCAUCAGACGAAUUUAUGGGCAUCAAGAAUAAGGAGUUGAGACGGGACAUAUUGCAUGUUGGAGCCUUCGAAAAAAGACAGUUAAGUUACUAAAGCAUUAAGCCGGGGGCUCAUUUAAAACUUUAGCAAUAACAGCAUUUGCCCUCCGUUAUUUUCCUUAGUUCAAGUGGAGUGCUAACUUAAUGAAAGAAGGCCUUUUAAAUCAGCUGAAGAAGGAGCGCGUACUUUGUAAAAGAAUGUGCGUUGUACAUCUCCACGCCUCUAAUGCAAUCAAACUUUCAAGCGGGACUCCAAGGCUCAUCAACUUGAAAGACAGCCCCUUAUCUUAUUGGAUCAGUGAGUUAAUGCAGGUGUAGGUCCAAAUAUGACAAACCAUUCCUGUGCCCUCAGGAGCUCGCUCGGGCAUGGCACAUGAGCCUCGACCCAUUCCUUUGCUCCCCCAACCCUUACUCCCCCCUGGCUCUACAGUAUAUAAAUGUGGAUCUUCACUCUGCAGAGCCUGUGCACCCAGGCAGCUCUCUCGCUCGUCUUGCCUCUUACUCUCCAUAUCUGCUGCCUUUGUUGUGUUCUCCAGUGCCACGUCAUGCCUGUGUCCAUUGGUUGGUCCUCCAGAAUGUUGGCCGGUGGCGGCCUGGGCAACUCUGGGGGAAUUGGUGGCGGUGGGUCCAGGUUGGGCUUUGGGGGAGGUGGCGGAGGAGGACUGGGUUUGGGAGGAGGACUGGGUAUGGGAGGAGGACUGGGUUUGGGAGGAGGACUAGGUAUGGGGUCUGGGCUGGGUUUGGGUGGAGGGGGUGGGUUGAGCCUUGGUGGUGGCUUAGGUGGAGGUUACAGUGGUGGAGGAGGUUAUGGUGUCGGCAGCGGUUUUGGCGGCGGCAGUUUUGGCGGCGGUGGUGGGGCUCUGAUGCACAGUUCCGCUUUCACCAUGGGGCGCACCAUGGCUGCCGGGGGGAUCGGCGCUGGGUCAGCCCUGGCGCUGGGCUCCUCCCUAGAUCCGGCGCCGGCUCCCAUGCGCUCCCGCCAGGCAGAGAAAAACAUGCUGUCUGGCCUCAACGAGCGCUUCUCCUCCUACAUGGGCAAGGUGAAGGCCCUCCAGCAGGAGAACGCCGUCCUGGAGGCCCGGCUGUCCCAGCUGACGGGAGGCGCGGACACGGGGUCGCCUGAGUCCUCCAGCAUCGCCACGGCGGAGUAUGAGGUCCAGGUCGAUGAGUACCGCAGUACCCUGGAGAGCCUCACCCUGGACACAGUCAAACUAGAGAUCGAGCUGGACAACAUUCGCGGCACUGCCCACGAACUCAAAGCCAAGUUAGACUUUGAGCAAGGUGUGAAGUUUCAGUUGGAAUCUGACAUCUCAGACAUGAAGAAGGACAUAGAUAUGGCAUCUGAGUUGCGUAUCGAUUUGGAGGCAAACUACACAAGCUUAAAGAGCGAGCUGGACUUUGUCACCAAGAUGCAGGAAGAGGAGUUGUCCACUCUGCAGUCUAAACUGGGCACCACAGCCAUGGACAAGUCUGUGUCCAUGAUUGAGGUGGACACGGGCAAGUCUUUCGACAUCUCCAGCGCUCUCAACAAGCUCAGGACUGAGUACCAGAAGUCUGUGCAGCAACACAGAGAGGAGGCGGACGCUUACUACAGGCUGAAGAUGGAAGAGAUACAGACCGCCACUGCCAAGAGUUCAGAGGCCAUCUCAGAAACCAAGAUAGAAAUAUCAGCAGCGCGGAAGGAGCUGCAGUCGCUCAGUCUGGAGUUCCAAGGCCUUGCUACGGCCAACAUGUCCCUGGAGCAGAGCUUGGCAGAAGCCCAGGGCCAGUCAAGCCGGAGCGUGUCGGGGUACCAUGCACAGAUCUCCAGCUUGACGUCGGCCAUCGAGGUGGCCAAAACUGACCUCCACAAGCAGAUCCUCGCCUACCAGGAGCUCCUGGAUGUCAAGCUGGCUCUGGACGCUGAGAUAUUGACCUACCGGAACCUUCUGGAAGGAGAUGACCUCAAAUUGCCAGAUGUAUCGGGCCUGACAUCGUCUUUCUACAGUUUCUCAGCUGGGGGCGGCGGAAUUCAGGUUAAAGAGAUCAUAACAGAACAUACAGAGACCUCACUGAUCUCUGAACCAGCUUCUGCCGAUGAAUCAGAAUCUACCUGAUCCCCACCAGAAUACCCCCGGGGCUGCUGGAUGUUUCUGAUCCUGAACCUAGCUUCUCUGUCAUUCUGUUCCCUGUUGUCCGUGGUUUGUAAACUACACAGUAAAAACGCUGCAUCAUAGAUCUGGCCUUUGACUCAU